AAUGAAACAAAGCAGUUUGACAGAUUGCAGUCAAAAAGAAGAAAAAAGUGAAAAGUUUUUGGCGAGACAAAGAAAAUCAGCAUAUUUUUCGCAAUUUGUGGGCAUUUCCGCGGGUAUUGCGUGAAAAAUGGAUUCGUGUGCUGCUGUGGAAAAAGAAUUGGAGCGUGUUUUGACGAAAUUUACAGCAAUAAAUGAGCAUUCGGCCAAAAUUAUCGGGGAUGUUCUCGCACACUUUGUUGAAUUGCAAAAACACAUAGCAGGCACCGAAUCAAAUGCUGAGCUGACACCUGGACAAAUUGUCAUACUGAAGGAUACAUUGGGGAAGACAAAGGAGAAGCUACAGCGACUCACAGCCGAUCAUCGGGAUCUCCAUGGGACAGUUAGUAAGGUGGGGAAGGCCAUUGAUCGGAAUUUCGUGUCAGACUUUACGGCCACCUCACGCACAGAUGUGUUCACGUCCGAAAGGAAUAUUCAGCUCCUCAAUACGGUGAUUGCUCAGCACUUCUACAGACAAGGCAUGGAUGAUGUGGCGGAUAUGCUGAUAAAGGAAUCAGCCCUGCAGCACGAUGAGAUAUCAAUAGAACCCUAUGCUGAGCUCCAUCGUACGUGGGAGGCAAUUCAUAAUCGUGAUUUAACACCCGCCCUCCAGUGGGCAACGCACUAUUCGGAUAAAUUGGAAGCCAAACACAGUGCGUUGGAAUUCAAAUUGCACCGUUUGGCCUUCAUGCAGAUCCUAAGUCGGGGUAUUGAGGCCCAAAAGGAGGCUAUCUCGUACGCAAGGACGUACUUUGCAAAAUUCGUCCAUAGAUUCCAAAAGGACAUACAGAGUCUCAUGGGGACACUCAUGUACUUACCAAUUGGCAUACAAAAUUCCCCAUAUCGUCAUCUAAUGGCGGCCGAAAUGUGGAUUGAGGCGGCGGAUAGUUUCAUUAAGGAUGCCUGCAGUGUGUUGGGGAUUAAUAAGGAUUCUCCGUUGUCGGUGGUGGUGAAUGCCGGCUGUACAGCCUUACCGGCAUUGCUGAACCUCAAGCAGGUGAUGCUGUCGCGACAGGUGAUGGGCAUUUGGAAUGGACGAGAUGAGUUACCGAUUGAAAUUGACUUAGAUCCAGACAACAGGUAUCACUCCAUCUUCGCAUGUCCCAUCCUACGACAACAGAGCUCUGAGGAUAAUCCACCAAUGAAGCUAAUUUGUGGGCAUGUUAUCUCCCGCGAUGCCCUCAAUAAGCUCAGUUCAGGACCUAUAUUAAAAUGUCCCUACUGCCCAAUGGAACAGAGCCCUCAGGAUGCCCGGCUAAUAAGUUUCUAAUAAGAAUUAAUUAAUUAAAUAGCCAGCGUGCUAAUAGUUUGUGUAUUUAACAAAGAUAAAUUACACAAAACUACAAAAUUUUCUUCAUUUUGAGAUUUUUUUUCUGCAAUGUUUUGUGGGUCAAUAGAUGUUUUUUUUUUUGGGAAAAAUUUUUAUUUAAAUAAAACAGAAAUAUCCUAAUUUUAUUUUUUUCCCAAACUUUUCAUUUUUUUUAUUUUAUAACUACAAAAAAAACACUCAAGAUUAGUUUGUAAAUAUUUUUGAAAGAAAGAAAAAACUUUAUUUUCUGGGUGAUGAAAUGAGAAUAAUGUUUUCUUACUUCAUCAAAAGGAUUUUACUAUUAUUUACAACAAAGACAAAAGUCAAUUGUGUUUUGUUUGGGAAUGAAGAAAGAAGUUUUAGAGACAGACUAAAAAAAAAAAGGAAUUAAAUGAUUUUUAUUUAGUAAAUGAAUAGUUUAUGCAAUUGACUAAGAAUUUGAGAUGAAAAAGGAAAUAUAUUAUAAAGAAAAAGAGAAAUAAACUUAAUAUAAUGGAUUCAAAAAACAAAA